AUGUUUUCCUUGAUCAGACUUCUUCUCGUACUGCUCGUCUCUUUGGUACUGGCGAAUGACUCUGGAGAGCCCCGUCACCGUAACUAUGCUCGGCAGACUGUGAAGUAUGCACCCAAGGUCCCACCCCUUGACACCGAGUGGACCAGCAAAGUCGGUACCAAUCCAUGGCCAGAGUAUCCUCGACCUCAGUUGGAGCGAUCUGAAUGGCAGAACCUGAACGGGAUCUGGCAGUAUCAGAAUGCGUCUGGGUUGGAAGCGGUUCAGGCUCCCCCGUUUGGGCAAGCCCUGGCCAACGAGGUCCUGAUUCCGUCCUGCUUGGAGAGUGCUCUGUCAGGCAUCCAAGGAAACCACACUCUUUAUUCCUGGCUGUCCACAACCUUCACGGUACCCAAGCCAUGGAGACACCAGAACGUGCUCUUGAACUUCGGGGCUGUGGACUAUGAGGCAACCGUCUUUAUAAAUGGGAAGCAGGCGGGCUUCAAUCGCGGGGGAUACUUCUCUUUUACCCUCGACAUCACCCAAUUUGUCUCCUUCGACGGCUCGAAUGAACUGUUGGUCUUCGUGCACGAUCCCACGGACAGCGGUAACUAUGUUAUACCAAUCGGCAAACAGAGACUCAUCCCAGCUCACAUCUUCUAUACGCCCUGCAGUGGCAUAUGGCAGAGCGUCUGGAUUGAGUCGGCUCCAGCAAACUAUAUCACGGAGUUGGACAUUAGUGCCGGUAUGGACGGUCAAGUAGAAGUCAACGUAACCGCCCACAGCGCCAGUGGAGGAUCAACACCAGUGGACAUUGCGGUCUUUGAGGGUACCUCAAAUAAGAAAGUCGCCUCCCACAGGGGUACAUCCGACCAGCCAUUCAGUUUCAAGGUCGAGUCUCCGAAACUGUGGUCGCCUGAUUCUCCGACUCUGUAUAACAUUAGCGUCAAGAUGGAAGCAGACGAGGUCAAGAGUUAUACCGGGUUCCGUACUAUAUCGAAAGGAACAGUCAAUGGGAUCUUGCGGCCUUUGAUCAACGGUGAAUUCACAUUUGUCUUUGGUACGCUUGACCAAGGCUAUUGGCCGGAUGGUAUCUACACUCCUCCGAAUCUUGAGGCGAUGGUGUACGACUUGCAAUUUCUGAAGAGCCUGGGUUUCAAUAUGCUUCGUAAACACGUAAGCAGCCAUCAUUCUGGGGCGUUCGUUGCUCACCGAGUACCGCAGAUCAAAGUCGAGCCGGCCCUCUUCUACCGAGCCUGCGAUGAACUCGGUAUCCUAGUCAUUCAAGAUAUGCCCUCGCUUCGACCCUUGCAAUCGCGGAAACUACCCAACUGCACCACCCAGACCAUUUUGCCAGACGCGGCCCAGCAGCAGGAAUUCAACAGACAACUAGAGCUACUUGUACAGCAGCACAAGAGCUACCCCAGCAUUUUCUCAUGGGUGAUCUAUAACGAAGGCUGGGGUCAGGUGACCGACUAUUAUCCGGAGAUCGAGUUAACGGAGCGAGUUCGCCAGUUGGAUCCCACAAGGCUGGUCGAUGCGACGUCCGGAUGGAUUGACCACGGGCAUGGCGACUUCAGCGACAAUCAUCAUUACUCAUACCCUCAGUGUGGCGCACCGUUUUACUCCAUACAGUCAAGUCCUCACGACCCCAGCAGAAUCGCCAUCCAGGGAGAAUUCGGAGGCGUCGGCACCAAUGUUUCUAUCGAGCACUUGUGGAACAACAUCGACGCCAUCAACGGAAUCAACAUGACUUACGAGAUCGCCGACAAUUUUGAAAUCUGGAACUACCGUAGCCACCUUCUUCUGAGCGAGCUCAAAGACCAGAUCACGCGAUUUUCAUGCAGUGGAGGGAUCUGGACGCAAACAACUGAUGUAGAGGGCGAGGUGAAUGGCUUGUUGACCUACGAUCGAAGGCUGAAGCGUGUGGAUGAGAAGAUGUGGAAAGAGGAUAUCCAGGCAUUAUAUGACGCGGCGAAGGCGAGGACUUGA